AUGGCAACCACCACAAAGCCCAUCCUUCCGGUGGAAGGCAAGCGAAACGUCUUGGUCACCAGCGCUCUCCCCUACUCCAACAACCUGCCACAUCUGGGCAACGUCAUCGGCAGUGUUCUGUCGGCCGAUCUUUAUGCACGUUACUGCAGAGCCAGAGGAUACCAGACUCUAUAUGUCUGCGGCACUGAUCAAUACGGCACUGCCACUGAGACAAAGGCCCUAGAGGAAGGCACUGAUCCUGCCACUCUCUGCGCCAAGUAUCAUGCUCUUCACAAGUCCAUCUACGACUGGUUUCGCAUCGACUUUGACAUCUUUGACAAGACACCAACCGAACAUCAGACCGACAUCGUACAAGACAUUUUUGCGAAGCUCUGGAAGAAUGGAUACAUCUACGAAGAUGAGACCAUUCAGCCGUUUUGCCCCGUCGAGACUCACAAUACCUUCCUUGCUGACCGUUUCGUCGAGGGCGAGUGCUCCAUCUGUGGUGACAAAGGCGCCCGCGGUGACCAGUGCGAUGCCUGCGGCUCCAUUCUUGAUCCUCUCAAGCCCGAAGAGAAGGAAGUUCCCGAGGGAGAGGCCAUUGAUGAAGUUAAAGCUACUGGCUGGCUGGUUAACCCUCGCUGCAAGGUCGACGGCGCAACCCCCGAGGCCCGCAAGACGAAGCACCUGUACCUGAAGCUCGAUGAUAUCGCCGAGCAGUUAAAAUCCUGGUACAAAACCACCGCAGAUAACGGCUGGAGCGGCAACGCCAAAUCCAUCACCCAAGCUUGGAUUGACAAGGGUCUCAAGCCUCGCGCCAUCUCGCGUGAUCUUAAAUGGGGUGUCCCGAUCCCUAGCGUUGAGGGCUUGAACGUCGAGGAUUAUGCUCGCAAGGUUUUUUACGUCUGGUUUGACGCCUGCAUUGGCUAUAUCUCCAUCACAAAGACAUAUACCGAUGGUAACAAUCGUGACGGCAAGAACUGGGAGAAGUGGUGGAAGAACCCUGAGAAUGUCCAGCUUAUGCAGUUCCAGGGUAAGGACAAUGUUGGUUUCCACAGCAUUGUUUUCCCCUCCUCGUUACUUGGUACCAAGGAGAAAUGGACCAAGGUGCACAGGAUCUCUGCCACCGAGUAUCUCAACUAUGAGAAUGGAAAGUUCUCCAAGUCUCGCGGUAUCGGUGUCUUUGGCAACAACGCCAAGGAUACCGGUAUCGACCCGGAUAUCUGGCGUUGGUAUCUGCUUUCUCGUCGUCCCGAACUAGCUGAUUCCGAGUUCAAAUGGGAGGAAUUUAUCGAUGGCAACAACAACGAACUACUCAAGAAUGUUGGCAAUUUUAUUCAACGCACUCUGAAGUUCUGUGUUGCCAAGAUGGAUAGCACCGUUCCCGCUGCUUCAUUCAGCAAUGAACUCAUUGACUCGCACAAGUCGGCAACUAAUCAGAUACUUGCCUCCUAUAUUGGCCACCAGGAGGCCAACAAGAUGCGCAGCGGCAUCUCCGACAUUCUCUCCCUUUCUGGUCUCGGCAACAAGUUCCUCCAGGACAAUGGCCUAAACAACAAGCUUCUAGUGGAGGAACCCGAGCGCUGCAACGCGGUCAUAAAUGUUGCCAUUAACCACGUGCACCUCUUGGCUGGCCUUCUGUACCCCUACAUGCCCACUACGGCGGAGUCCAUCUUCAAACAGCUUGGCCAGAAGCCUGAUCCGUUUAUUCCUGAUGUCUUUGAUUUCGUCGCCGUUCCAGUUGGUCACAAGAUUGGCACUCCUGAGCCUCUGUUCUCCAUCAUCCCUGCUGCCAAGCUUGAUGAGUGGCGUGAUGCCUACGGUGGUGAAGAGCUGAAGAGGCAGAAGGCUAUCGACGCUGAGAAGGCUGCAGCAAAGAAGGCCAAGAAGCUUGCUGAUAAGGAAAGAAAGGCAGCUAAGAAGGCUGGGGCCGCCGACACGAAGGCGAAUGAAACAACCGCUUCUGCUGAUGUUUCCAAGCUGACUUUAGAGGAAAAGAAAUAG